AUGAGUUUGUGCAUUAUAGGUGCUGGCACAGCGGGACUUUGCUGUGCUCGACGUGCUUUGGAGUAUCAGUUGUGUCCUACGGUUUUUGAACUCUCAACCGAUAUUGGGGGAACUUGGGUAUUCAACAAAAAUGUUGGAACAGUUAAUGGCAUUGAUGUUCACAGUAGCAUGUAUGAAAAUUUACGCACCAAUUUACCCAAAGAAAUAAUGGGAUACCCGGAUUUUAAAAUUGGUGAAAAUAAAUAUUCAUAUAUUAAAUCUGAGGAGAUUUUCGAGUUUUUAAAUCAUUAUGCGGAGCAUUUUGAUCUGAAAAAGUAUAUACAAUUUAAUUCAUACGUUAUACGUGUUUUGCAAAAGAACAACAUGUGGCAAGUUAUGGUGAAGAAUGUUCUAACAAACAAGCUACAGGUGCAAUAUUUCGAUAAUAUUUUUAUCGCGAAUGGUCAUUAUAAUACUCCCAAUUAUGCCGACAUUCCAAACGCAAAUUUAUUUAAGGGAAAUUAUCUACACAGUCACGAUUACAGAUCCAGCGCGAUUUUUGCUGAUAAAACUGUUCUUGUCAUUGGCGGAGGACCAAGCGCCUUAGACUUAUCGAAUAUUAUAUCGAAAUCGGCCAAACACGUGACGCUCAGCCAUCAUGUCGUUGGUAUUUCAAAUUCGAUAUUUUUGAAAAACGUUGCGACCAAACCUGAUGUCAAGGAAUUGGAUGAGUAUGGGGCGCAUUUUGUUGAUGGAUCUUACGAAAAUUUUGACACUAUAUUCUACUGCACUGGUUACAAAUACGCAUUUCCGUUUUUGAGCGUAACGACAGGAAUCUAUGUCGAAGACAAUUAUGUCCAAAUGCUCUACAAACAAUGCAUCAAUAUUCGCAAUCCAACAAUGGCAAUAAUAGGUCUCCCCUUCUACGUAUGUGCAGCGCAAAUGAUGGACUUGCAAGCACGCUUCGUAUUGAGCUACUUCUAUGGGCCCAAUAAGUUGCCUUCGACACAAGAAAUGCUAGAAGAUACAGUCGGAACCAUGAAUAAACGCUGGCAAGCGGGAUACAAGAAACGACAAGCGCACAUGCUUGGGGAGAAUCAAAUGCACUACUUCACGGAAUUAGCAAAUGAAGCAAAAAUAGAAAAUAUUAAACCAGUAAUGGCGAAAUUACAUAUCGAAAGCACCAAUUGCUUCAACGAGAAUUUACUUCAUUUUCGCGAAGACAUUUUUAGACUUGUAGACAGCGAAACAUUUCUAAAAGUUAAUUAAGUUUAAGAUUUUAAAUGUUUUCAUGAAUUUUUCCUCGGCAAUAAAUGAAGACCGUUUUUCAACUUUGAUCCCUAUACUAA